AGGCAUAGCCUAUGUGUGUAGAGAGAGAAAAAAGUGGCAUAUCGUGUCUCUUCCAUUCAGCUCCCCAGACAGUAAAUACCCAGGGAGGAUCACACAAUCCACUCCGUUCUUUUACUUUUUCGAGCAAUCCAGCAGUAAAACUGGUGCGACGCCCAUUUUGAUCUAGGGUUUAAUUUGGGCUUGACAUGCUGAGGGGCCACCAUGGCUGAAUCAUCAUCACCAACCUCUGAAAAACCCCCAAUCGAGAAGGUAGGGUUAGGGUUUUUGCUCCAAGACACGCCUCCGAUCAAACCCGCGAUCCACCAGCCCGAAAAUGCCCCUGGUGAAGGGAGUGAUACGCCGACGUCGGUAGUGACCCUCGAUGAAGAGACGGAAUUUCGAAAUGCUAUUGAGAGAGACUUGUGCGAGCUUACUAUCCGGCAGGCCCACAUCGAGAGCAUAGAUGAGGAGAUAUGGGAUGACGUGGGAACUCAAAAGGAUUCGGAGAGCCUUGAAGAUGAAAAUGAGAUUGAUGAAGGGGAUGAGGAUAAGGAGGGUAGUGAAGCUAUUAAUUAUAGUGAUGGAGCGUCGAAAUUGGGGAAAUUUAAUCAGAACAAUAGCACUAGGAGGGUUAACUAUCCCAUGAGACCUGAUGCAGAGGAUUGCUCCUAUUACAUGAAAUUUGGAUCAUGUAAAUUUGGGUUGAAUUGCAAGUAUAAUCACCCUCCUAGGAGAAAGAAUCAGAAUGUUAAGGAGAGAACAAAUUACAGGGAAGAGAACUCAGAGAGGGGAGGGCAGACUGAAUGCAAGUAUUAUCUGACAUCAGCGGGGUGCAAAUAUGGAAAGGACUGUAAAUACUCUCAUGGUUCAGACAGAAGGUCUGCAGGCCCAAUGCCAGAGUGCAACUUCUUAGGGUUGCCAAUUCGAAUUGGAGAAAAAGAGUGUCCCUACUACAUGCGCACCGGUUCUUGCAAGUACGGAUUGAAUUGCAGAUUUCAUCAUCCUGAACCAGUCACUGUUGGUGGUGAUUCCACUUCUGGAUAUGUAAAUGGGGGUUCUUUUCCAUCACAGUUUGUUUCCUCAUCAUCUCCGACUUCAUGGUCUUCACCGAGAUCAUUUAAUGAUACUUCUCCAUUCGUACCCGCCAUGUUUCCACCUUCCCAAGGUGCUCCUACUUCAAACCAAGAAUGGAACGGGUAUCAGGCGGCAACCUACUCCGCAUCUGAGGGCCUACCAACACCCCCAGCCUUUGCCAUGAACAAUCUACCAGCUGAGAUAAACUUCCCCAUGCAUCGUCAGCCUGAUAUUCUAAUCGAGGAAUAUCCAGAACGUCCUGGUGAACCAGAAUGCAGUUUCUUCCUAAAAACUGGCGACUGCAAAUUCAGGUCAAAUUGCAAAUUUAAUCAUCCCAAAAAUCGUGGGUUCAAGGGAAAACCAAACACAUACACGCUCAGCGACAAAGGCUUGCCACUUAGACCUGAUCAGCCCAUCUGCACGCACUAUCACCGCUACGGCAUAUGCAAGUACGGACCAGGUUGUAAAUACGAUCACCCAUCAAACUAUGCCAUCUUGCCGACCCCCUUUGAUCAGCCGGGUGUAAUGCUGGGGAGAGGAAAUGAAAGCUGAUUUAUAAGCUUAGAAGCUUGAGCUGAGCCUAACUUAGAAAACUCUCAAGUGUUUUUGUAAGGUCUUAUUUAAUUGCCCGUUUGAAGUUAAGCAGAGUUUAAACUUUGGACAUGCAACUUGUGCUUGACUCUGUUAGUACCUAAAUACUACAGUUUUGUUGUGACCAACAACACUUGCAUAUUUAAUUAAAGAUGGUUUGGCCUGAA